AUGGGCUCUUUGGUCUUUGGCAGUCCAGAGGGAAGGACCACUGAAUUGAAAAGACAACUCCAUUGGGACGAGUCGUCCACGGAUAUUUAUUCCGCCGCGUUUCCUCCUGAGGCAAGUAAGUCUCAUCCUAAAUCAAGUGAACAUUCAAAAAAGGAUGGCUGGGACCUCGAGAAUCUGGCACCAAAUAUCAUCUUUCGGAUUCGCUUGUUUCGGUUGGUAGUGGUGUCCACCUUGCUCAUAGCAGGUGUGAUAUGCUCGACUCUCACAUAUAACUUUCUCCGUCAGGAGGAGCAAGACAACUUCGCCAAUACCAACACUAUCCAGGCUUCUCGUGGCCUGUCGGAAACCUUGACUGCCUAUGCAAAGUCUUCCAAAUCGACCUUUCCGUUUGUGACUAUGCCUAUGUUUGAGGUCGCUGGUAAAAAUGCCAGACAUCUAUCGGGUAUCGAUGUUUUUGGCUUUCUACCGUUUGUCGAUGAAGAUCAGAAAAAUUCUUGGGAAGUAUAUGCUCUCGAAAAAUCCAGUUGGCUAGACGAGAGUAGAGAUCUUUACAACAACGAAAGUGGGAAUGAAACUUCCGGAUUCACAGAAGCUCCAUUCCCUCUGACAAUAACCCAAUUUACAUCCGACUUCGGAACAUUGAAACCGGCUGUGCUCGGGCAAAAGCUUUACACUCCAGUCCAUCAAGUUACUCCGCCGCCUUUGUCGAAUAGUUUGCAGAAUUUAGAUUUUAUCACCCUUCCGUCCUUUGCUCGAUCGCUCGAAGCUAUUACAGCUUUAAAAGAUGUAGUUUUCUCUGAUUACGAAGAUGUGGACCUUCUUGCUAGGAUGGCAUACCCUCCGGACGCUCAAGACACACUUGCUGGAGGCAGAGGGAGUGUUGACUACGAUGCAAGUCCUCGUGUAUAUAUGCAUACUCCAGUUUACUCACAGCUUAGUACAGAUCACGAAGAGAUCGUUGGAGUAUUGAGUGCGCCAUUUGCUUUCGAUCUCUACCUCCAGGAUCUACUUCCCAAAGACAUAAAAGGAAUACACGUUAUUCUCGAAAGCAGUUGUAACAAGUGGGCUACCUUUGAGCUGAUUGGGGAACGAGCAGUCUACUUAGGGCUUGGAGACAGGCAUGACCCUCAGUACGAUCACAUGGAGGUUGCUGUAGAGUUCACCGGCUACGGAGGUAUAAAAACUGAGAAUAUUCCUGGGCAAUGUGUGUAUACUUUGCGCUUCUAUCCUACUCGAUACUUCGAGAUCACCUUUGAUCGAAACACCAAGAUUAUCGCUCCUGCUGUCGCGGCAGCCACAUUCUUUUGGCUGACCCUGGUUUUCUUUCUGUAUGAUCGGUAUGUCCAACAACGCACCGUCAAGGCUAUUGACACUGCGGCUCGGUCAGGGGCUGCAGUAGCUUCGCGAUACCCGUCUAGGAUUCUUACCCGCCUUUUCGAAGAAGCCAGCGAUCGAAAGGGCUGUCAUGCUUCUCAAAGUACCAGUUUAAAUCACAAACCCACUCUAGACUGGACCGAUGGCUGCAGCAUUGACCACCCUUGUACUUUACCUUUCAAAACAAAGCCAAUCGCAGAAUUCUUCCCCACCUCUACAGUAAUGUUUGCGGAUAUUGUUGGUUUCACCGUAUGGAGCUCAGGCAGGAAACCAGAGGAUGUUUUUACGGUAUUGGAGACUCUGUAUCACGCGUUUGAUAAGAUAUCCAAGAAUCGUGGGGUAUUGAAGGUUGAAACUGUGGGGGACUGUUAUGUUGCUGUGAGCGGCUUGACUAACCAGCAAGAAAAUCACGCGGUGAUUAUGAGUCGCCUCGCGCGUGAGUGCAUGCAUACAGCUCACGCUCUGACGAAGCAAUUGUCUUCAACCCUGGGGUCCGACACUGCCGAACUUUCGCUACGGAUUGGUAUACACAGCGGACCGGUGACGGCGGGUGUCCUGCGCUGUGAGCGGUCUCCUUUCCAACUCUUCGGUGAUACCAUUAAUGUGGCAUCAAGAAUGGAACGAAGUGGUCGAAGCGGAAGAAUUCAGAUAUCGGAAGAAACUGCUGACAAAUUGACUCAAGCCGGAAAGACCGACUGGAUCAUUCCGAGGGAAGACGCACUCUUGAUCGAUGGCAAGGGCGAGCUCAAAACUUAUUGGCUUUUCCUUGGAAAUGAUGAUCAACAAUGGUGCGGCAGCUCUUCGAAUUUGACAAGAUCGGUCUCGUACACCACGCGAGAUGAAGAUACUGGUGACAGUGUCUAUGAUGACCUCUUUGGUACCAGUGUUGGAGGCGCUUCUGAGUCCUUGAGCAAAGUCGGUAGCCUGACCAGCGAUAAGAUGACCCGUCUCAUCAGUUGGAAUGUCGACGUUCUUACGCUUUUGUUAAAAGAAAUAGCGGCUAGCCGUCGUCCAGAUCCCGAGCCUGGAAGAAGCACUGCAAGCAGCCGUCCGCCCCUUCCGGUUCGGACACAAACUAAAGCUAGUCCAGCGGCGGCUGUCCCCGGUCGUGUUCUGGAUGAAGUGAAGGAGAUUCUUUCCUUUCCGCUCUCUGAUGCCGCGAGUUCUGAGAAAAAGUUUAAGGAAGGAGACGUAGAGCUUGAGGAAACCGUUCUCUCGCAGUUGCGCGUCUACGUUACCAACAUUGCUGCCAUGUACCGCAACCAUCACUUUCACAAUUUUGCGCACGCCUCGCAUGUUGUCUUGUGCAUGACCAAGAUGCUUUCGAACAUCGUAGCGCCCGGUGAUGCGGUGAAUGGAGCAAAACAUCCUCAGCAAAUCUCGCAGCACGAUCAUACGUUUGGUAUCACAUCCGAUCCUCUGACGCGGUUUGCUUGCGUUUUCUCGGCACUCAUCCACGAUGUGGACCACUGCGGUGUACCGAAUACGCAGUUGGUCCAAGAGAAGGCCCGUAUCGCUUCUUUUUACCGGAAUAAGUCUGUCGCGGAACAAAACUCUGUUGAUUUGGCCUGGGAAUUGAUGCUGGACGAGAAUUUUGCCGAGUUGCGGGCGGCGAUUUGUAUGACUCGUGGGGAGCAGACCCGCUUCCGUCAAUUGGUAGUAAACGCCGUUAUGGCAACCGACGUGAUGGACCCAGAUUUUAAGCUACUCCGCAACGCCCGUUGGGAACGCGCUUUUUGGGAAAGCCGAGCGGAUGCCACCAGUCGGGAGACGAUAAAUCGCAAGGCCACGCUGGUUCUCGAGUACUUGAUGCAGGCGGCGGAUGUGGCGCACACCAUGCAGCAUUGGCACGUGUAUCGCCAAUGGAGCGAGCGCUUCUUUCAGGAAUGCUACACGGCUUUCCAGGAUGGCCGUGCGGAACACAACCCUGCCGAAAUUUGGUACUAUGGCGAGUUGGAUUUUUUUGACUUUUACAUCAUUCCGUUGGCCAAAAAGCUAAAGGUUUGCGGAGUGUUUGGUGGUUCUGGAGGCGAAUACUUGAACUACGCGCUGAAGAACCGGAAGAAUUGGGAGAGGACCGGUCGGGAAGUGGUCCAGGAAAUGGUGAGGUUGGCUUCUGCUUGA